AUGAAUUCUCCAACCGCAACUAUCAACGGUAUCACAAUCCGAAACCAUGCCAAGCCCUACGAAGCCAUCUCAGCUCAGCGACCAGAGUUGUCACAAACCGGUCGAACUGUCCUCGUCUGCGGCGGCUCUGCAGGCAUUGGCCAUGCAAUUGCACGAAACUAUUGUAUCGCGGGUGCAUCCAAUGUUAUCAUCUUAGGUCGCCGUAGUGAUGUUGCGAACGAGGCAGCCUCCAAGCUGAACGACGCUUAUCCCAGCACCAAAGUGACCACGCGUACCUGCGACUUGUUCAAUAGAACCCAGGCCCAACAAGUCUGGGAUGACCUGGAGAGAGACAAUAUCUCGAUUGAUGUUCUCAUUGUCAAUGCUGUAGGUCAACCAGCGCUUCAGCCAAUUCUAGAGCAAGGCGCGGAUAGGCUGUGGCAGGACUUUGAGACCAACGUGCAUGCUCCUUUAUACCUCGUUGAGAGAUUCUAUAAGCAGCCCGGACAUACGAAACAAAAGUUUGUUGUGUCGGUAUCGACUCAAGAUAUCCAUCGUUGGGACAGCGCGCCGCAGAUGCCUGGAUACCAACUGACCAAGAACUCCUUCGCUACCGUGAUGCAGCAGGUUGCUCGUGACACACCCGAGUCUGACAUGCGAAUCAUUUCAUUUCAUCCAUCGAUUGUUUUUACAGAAGCAGCGAGGAAGGCUGGAUACACCGAGGACACUCUGCCUUGGUCAGAUGAGAAUAUUCCUGGUGGCUUCGCUGUAUGGGCUGCGUCCCCAGAGGCGCAGUUUCUCCAUGGUCGUUUCGUCUGGUCAACAUGGGAUGUAAAUGACUUAGGAUCCGUAGAGCUCAGGAAGCAGAUUGACUCAGACCCUUGGUUACUCAAAGUCGGAGUGAAGGGCUUAUAA